UGGCCAUCAAUGGCUACUUCCAGCUAUACCAUCUACUCUCAUUACAACCCAGAAGACCGCGAGGCUUUGGAACGCGAGACUGGGCAAGUAUCCUCAUCUUCAGAAGACAAUGCUCAGCUUUGGGACACAGAGGCUGCAAGCGCCUACAAGUGUCAAACGGCCUCUGCUCCUCGUUUCGUUCCUGCGACCUCGCAGAGUGACGAAUGGGGCCAAUGGGGUCGAAAUAUAUCAUUUUCAGAGACAGCUGAGGAGGGAAGAGAUUCCGCGGUCGCAGAUUGGUAUCGGUCUCUGUCGAGGAUGUCCACAUCUUCCACGUCUUCACUCUCACCGUCGACCGUGAACCGGGCACCAGCACUACCAGAAAGGCGGGAACGGAGGAAUAAGAAUAAUUGGUUCAUCCAGAAUGCUCUCAGGUCGGAACUAUCUUCUUCCUCUUCUUCCACCUCUUCUCUCGCUGACAUGUUGGCUCGAGACCCUCCACCACGACCCUCUGAAGCAAAGUACAAACCACCGGUUUGGCUGGCCAUUGGACCAUCUAAUAAGGGUUUCUCGAUGCUGGAGAAAAGUGGUUGGAAUGAGGGAGAGGCUCUCGGAGCUGAUGUUGUCAGACGUAGACGGCCAGGACAUGCUUUACAGCCUUCCAUAAUGGUUAGACGGCACCAUGCGGAAUCUAUCGCUAAGGACGAUGUGAUUGAGGUUGAAAUUGGACAUGGGGACGGCGAAGUAAAAGAGGUUCGAAAGGUGCAAGUCGUGGACUUGACCCUAGACUCAGAUGAGGAGUCAGAUACAGCCUCUGAUUCUACUGCUGCGGAUUCUCUUGUUAAGGAGGACCCCGGAGACGAAGAAAUACCGCCAUCUGAAGAUUCGCCAUCAUCUGCGCCGCCGUCGACCUCUGAACGUAAAGCGCUUCUCACCCCCAUUCCUACUAUCUUGAAAUUCGAUCGCUUGGGCAUAGGGUUGAAGGCCAAGACCGUUGGUCCGUACAAGGUGUCGCAGAAACGGGUUUCGCAUAGUGCUGCUGCGUUGGCCGCGCAUUCCCGGGCGGCAGAGGCCCUGAAGAAACGUCAGAAACUAUUUGGGCGAGGACAUCGAGGAUUCGCUAGAGCGCGAAAGAAAGAAGAGACAAGCAGACGAGAUAUGCUGGCGUAUAUGAACACAUGACAGUAUUAUCUUCUAAUAGGUUCAUUUACUUCACUCACGACCUCCGAUUUAUCCUUUCCUACUGCGACGCGACAUGUAGAAUGUGAAUUCCGAAAGGUAACUUGUUGUAAAUGCCAUUCUAAAAAUACAAAUAAGGUUACAGCCUCGAAUAAAAAAGUGUGUAAUGCAGAUAAAGUGCAGGAUAGCAAUAAUAUGUAUGCAA